AUGGCGCGAUUGCGGUUGCUCCCUCUACUGGCCUGUGUUACUCUUUUGUUGUGUUCGCUCUCGUCGACAUUUGUUCAAGCUCAAUCGGACGAUUCAGCUCCACUACAUACUACAAAUCAUGUGAAACGCUACGGCUCAGGGGCUCCCUACUGGUUCUCUGAGAUCACCAGGCAAGGAAAAGUUGCAUAUGGCACAAACUCUUCAUACGUCGUCUGGAGAAAUGUAAUGGAUUAUGGAGCCAAAGGCGACGGCGUUACUGAUGACACUGAUGCUAUCAACAAUGCAACAUAUGACGGCAACAGAUGUGCCUAUCCAUGUGAAUCACAGACUACCACUCCGGCUAUUGUUUACUUCCCUCCCGGUACAUAUGCUGUUAGCAGACCACUCGUUAUGCUGUAUUACACCCAGUUCAUCGGAGAUGCCAACAAUCUGCCGGUGAUUCUGGGCCUUCCGAAUUUCUAUGGUAUCGCUCUACUCGAUUCCGAUCCUUAUCUAGCUUAUGGACAGAGUUGGUGGGCCAACCAGAAUAACAUGUGGCGCCAAGUUCGCAAUUUUGUGCUCGACAUUCGCCAGAUCCCUUCUGGCUCGGCCCAUUGCUUGCAUUGGCAAGUUGCUCAGGGAGCAUCUCUACAGAACAUUGUUUUCGAGAUGACCGAAGGUGGUGAUGACAAUCAGCAAAUGGGUGUUUUCAUGGACAACGGAUCAGCCUUAUAUCUAGAAGACCUCAUUUUCAAUGGUGGAUCUAUCGGUUUCUUCUCUGGCAACCAGCAAUUUACUUGUCGAAAUCUGACCUUCAACAACUGUCAAACUGCCAUCUACCAGAAUUGGAAUUGGAUGUUUUCCUACAAAGAUAUCGUCAUCAACAAUGCCCAAGUCGGUAUAGAUAUGACACAAGGCGGAGAAGAAAUCACCACUGGUUCCAUGGUUCUGCAAGAUGCGACAAUGAACAAUGUUGCGAUUGGUGUUAUUACCACCUUCUCUUCCAACUCGACGCCCACCUCUGCCGGCACCUUCAUUAUGGACAACGUAAAUUUUGUCGACACCCCAGUUGCAGUCCAGCUCUCUCCUAGCAAUGCCACUCUUCUCGAAGGAAAUCAGCUAGUCGGAGCCUGGGGCCAAGGCAGGGUUUACAGUGCGUACGAAUCUUCCUACGAAGAGAACAAUCUCACUUGUUACGGUCCUGCAGCCACCUAUUCUCGCGUGCAACAAGUCAUGGACCCUGCCCCCAAAGCUUCAUCUCUCUUGAAUGCUGACGGAUCCGUCUUCACACGUUCAAGACCUCAGUAUGAAGGUGUUCCUGUCGAAAACUUUAUAUCCAUCAAGACUUAUGGAUGUGCUGGUGAUGGUGUUACUGAUGAUACUGCAUGCGUGCAGAGCUUCCUGAACUCGAUUCAGCCCGAUCAAAUCGCCUACAUCGAUUACGGCGCUUAUGUCAUCAGAGACACCAUCAACUUCCCUAUUCCGAUCAAGGUUCAAGGCGAGCUGUGGCCUUACUUUAUGGUGGAUGGUUCUUCGUCCACAUUUAGCGAUCAGAACAAUCCUCAGCCCGCAUUUCGUGUCGGUGAACCUGGUCAAGUUGGUGACAUUGAACUGGUCGAGCUUAUUUUCCAGACAAUUGGUCCCGCCCCUGGCGCAAUCAUGGUUGAAUGGAACCUCGCACAAUCAUCACCAGGCUCUGCUGCUAUGUUCGAUGUUCAUUGGCGUAUUGGAGGUACCAAUGGCACCCAAUUGCAAUCGACCAAUUGUCCUAAGACACCAAACACCCUAACUACUCCCAACCCUGAUUGUUUUGGUUCUUUCCUGCUCCUCCAUAUCACAAGAACCGCAUCUUUGUUCAUGAGCAACAACUGGGGCUGGGUCAGUGAUCACGAGAUGGAUCUGUCAGACCACAACCAAAUCAACAUUUACAACGGUCGUGGAGUCUUGGUCGAAAGUCAAGGUCCUGUGUGGAUGAUUGGCACAUCCUUCGAGCAUAGCAUGCUUUACAACUACCAGUUUGCUUCUGCAAGCGAGAUCUAUGCCAGUGCUAUUCAGUCGGAGACUGCCUACAUGCAAAAUAAUCCCAAUGCCAUCGCACCAUACCCACCACAAUCCGACUGGAACGAUCCAGACUUCUCUACCUGCUUCACCUCGAACUGUCCCAAAACUUGGGGCUUGCGCAUCUUCAACAGCACCUAUAUUUUCGUAUACGGUACUGGACUUUACUCAUUCUUCAACAACUACGAUUCCGGAUGCUUGGCGACCACCAAUUGUCAGCAAAAUAUGGUGAGUGUUGAAGAAAGUCAAGGUGUUUAUCUGUAUGCCCUCAAUACCGUAGGUGCUCAGAAUCUGGUUCAAGUCGAUCAGGUGGAGUUGGUGCCUGCAAUUGCGAAUGACAACAGCUUUGCAGAUACGGUGGCGAUAUUCGAGUAUCCUUGA